GGGCAAAGUUGCAGCCCCUGGCCCGGAUCCGGGCGCGGCGCGCUGCAGACAAAAGGCUGUUUCCUCCUCUCGGGACCGCAGUUCAGGGCGAGGAGCGAGCGAGAAACGCCGCUGCGCCUCCGCCGAUCUUCGCUCGUCCCACGGAAGCGGCGGCAGCUGCCCCGCUCUCAAGGAAGAGGGGAGCCAUGGCGGGAACCGUGCUGAGGUUGAACGGGACCAAGGUGCUUGAGGGGUCCGACUCCGACAAGACCAUCAUCAACGUCAACGUCUGCCAAGAGUCCUCCCUCUCCUACCUGUGCAAGGGCAUGGCAGCCCUGAGUCACCGCAGAGCAGCCUCCCACGCCCAGAAGCCUGCCGAGGCUGCCUGCGGCCGACGGAGUGGGGCACAGAAGGUGCUGGGGGGAGCCCAGAUCCUGCUUGGAGCUGUGUGCAUCAGCCUCGGCCUGGUCUUGAGCCUCCAGGAGAUCGAGGCCUACUAUUUCUACUUCAAGCAGAGAAAUGGAGCUCCUUUCUGGAUGGGCAGCCUGUUCAUCCUCUCCGGCACCUUCUCUGUGGUGGGCGAGCAACGUGGCAGCAAGUGGGUCCACCUGGCCACAUUCCUCAACCUGGCUAGCGUCGUGGCGGGCUCGCUGGCCUUGGCGGUGGGCGUGGCAGACAUCCCAUCCCUGACUUACCAGCCCUACUUCAUUGGGGAGCUGUGCAAGCACAGAGAGGAGGACCUGCCUUACCGACCGUGGGAGGCAACAACCCGUCCUCCGUACGACGAGAGGGACCAAGAGCAGGCCAAGCGGUGCCAGGAGGUUCUGUGGGCGCUCGUGCGCAUGUUCAACAGCGCCCGGAUCCUCCUGCUGACCGUGUCCAUCGCCGCUCUCAGCAUCGCCCUCUUCUGCUUCGGAUACGGCCUCCGCCUCCUGUGCUGCUCCUGCUGGGAGGGGUGGCAGGAGUACGUGGCCCUGGGGGACCCUGACACCUCUCCUGCCCCUGAAGAGCCAGGCAAAGAGGAGAACCUUACCUGAAGUUGCAGAGGAAAGCCCCCCCCCCAACCCCUUGGCUCUUCCCAGGGGCCGAAUGCCAGCUGUCCUGCAGUGGGCGACGCUUUGCGGGGCCCCAGCACUUCCCUGCCACGACUACCAAACUGAAAUGCUCCUUAGUUACGCAUCACAUCGCCUCUCAGGCCAGCUAACUGUUAUCUUGCACACGGGAUUAAUUAAAGUGGCUUUUCUGCAAUUCA